AUGAAUAUAUAUUUUAUUCUUGCUUUCACUUGCAUAAACUUUUCACUCUCAUUUCCAUUGUUCAGACGUGAAGCUGAUAUAGUGGUUAAUACUCAAGUUGUAUAUACUACAGCUGUUGUCACCCAAUAUCAAACUGUUUAUGCUGGGGUUCAAACUACUACUGCCACUGUUAGUCCUACCACUACAUCACUCUUAGAUACCACAACUAAUGCUGAAACUACCUUAACAUCAACUACUUCCAUCAAUAUUCCUCAAGCUGCUGAAACUCAAGCCAAACCAGUUUUAUUAGCUAAUGAAUUCAUAUCCCAAAAUGGUACUGUAAAUGAUUUCUACUCCACAAUAGGUAAGAUCUGGUCAAGAUUUUGGGUAGAACUGGGUCAAAACUGGAAUGAAGAUGAUUCCAUUUGUGGAACUGGAACUUAUAGUCAACCAGUUGUUUGGGAUCAAGCUGUUAUUGGAAGAGCUAUAACUGAUUUAAAGGAUACUUCUAAAAUUAACUCCACUAUUGCUAAUAUUUAUCAAUAUAAGAAUCCUACUUUGAAUGCUUAUUCUGCUACGGAAGCUGGCGAUGAUGAUAUUUAUAAUGAUGAUAAUGCCCAAGUUGCUUGGGUGUUUAUUGAUGGUUAUAAAAUCACUGGAAAUGAAGAAUACUUGAAUUCAGCUCAAGAUAUAGUUGAUUUCUUAAUUGGUCAAUGGAAUCCUUCCACUGGGGGUGUUAUCUGGAGUUAUAAUGGUGACUAUAUAGCAUCAAUUUCCACUACUGAGGCCGCUCUUGCUGCUAUGAGAUUAUACUCUGUUACUCAAAAUCAAACUCAUUUAGAAUUUGCUGAAAACUGUAUGAACUUUAUGUUUCAAUAUUUGCAAGAUCCUAAUGAUCACUUAUUUUAUGAUGGUUUAGACAAGAAUGAUAUCACUAAUGUUAAUGAUGGUAAAUUAACAUAUACAGUUGGAGUAGGCAUAAGUACUUUGGCUUAUUUAUAUCAAUUUACAGGAAAUUCAAAGUGGUUAAAUUCCGCUAUUGAAUUGGGAAAUGCUGCUUUAAAUCAAAAUGGUGCAUUUUAUGGUAGUAACAAAAUAUUAAAUAAUCCGUUAAAAUAUGUUCAUUUACUUUAUGCUGGUAUUUCUGAUCUUCUUACAAUUGUACCAUGGCAAGAAUCAUUCGAUUAUUUUAGAUCUGAAAUGAUUAGACAAGGAAAUUUCGUAUUUGACUUUUUACAAGAUCCUGCUGACAUCUCACUUUAUUUUGAUCUGGCUACUGGUGCUACUCAGCUCAUGUUCAAUGAUUACGAGGCCAUAUAUAAUGAUGGUCAAACAUUCACUUUACUGACUUCUAUUUAUUGUAACAAUAAUGUUAACAACGCUACCCAGAAGGUUUUGUUAGAUAACGCUUCUGCCGCUCAAAUCUUGUACGAAGUUUCUAGACUUUAA